GUUGUUGGUUAGAUCAUUCUUUAUAACAUCAUAUAUACAUUCUGAAUCGACACGGAUGAAGUUAAGAUUAAAAAUGCGAAAAUUUGUAACUUUAUGUAUUUAAUUUGUCUAUCUUCUACACUUAACUAUCUGCAAUAAUAUAAGCCAGAUUUGUUCAUUCAGACGAAUCACCAGAUCAAAAGUGGAUUAUAUUCGAUGGUCCAGUAGAUGCUAUUUGGAUUGAGAAUCUAAACUCUGUAAUGGAUGACAAUAAAUUGUUGACUUUGGUGAACAGCGAAAGGAUUUCUAUGCCAUCGCAGGUGUCUUUGCUCAUUGAGACCUUGGACUUGGCUGUGGCAUCGCCAGCUACAGUUUCUCGCAAUGGCAUGGUAUAUAAUGACUACAAAGAUUGGGGCUGGUGGCCCUUUGUUAAUUCAUGGUUGGAAACCGUCGAUGAUCUUGAGUACAGAGAGAUGCUCCGUCGUCAUUUCUUGAACAUCUUAACGCCAGUGUUGGAAUUGAAACGUUUGCACCUCGUAGAAGGACAAAGCGUUCGAGGACAAGAGCUAACAGGUGUUCGUUCUAUGUGCCGUCUAUUAGGACAGUGGCCAGCUCCGGGCCCUCCGGGUCCUGAGGAAGAAGAUAACGAAACCUUUUCUAAGAUGCGGUUUCUUUUUUCGUAAGUACAUAUUUUUCGUUUUCAUAAAAAAUACAAUACACAUAUGGUUUCUAAUAUUUGAUAAGUAGACAUUUGAACAAAAUUUUUUAAUGCAGUAUGAUCUGGUCAAUAUGUGCCACUCUCGAAGAAGAGCCUCGUCGGCGUUUGGACAAUUGGGUCCGUGAACAUGAAGGCGUGUUCCCUCUGAAGGACACUGUCUACGAUUAUUAUGUGGAUGAACGAUUGCGUCAAUUUAAGCCUUGGGAGGACAAACUACCGGACAAUUGGAAGUACAAUCCUAAGUAAGACAGUAUCACCACUGGAAUCUGUUAUUAGUUGGUUAUUAUACUAUUUGUAGAAAAAAAACGUAAAAAUGAUUAACGAUACUUAAUUAUUAGCUUGAAGAGCGAUCUACGCAGAAAUUAACUAAGUUAUAAAAAUAUUGAAACACGACUGUAUAGCACAUGUCGAAAUUUUAAAGUAGAUUAUUAUUA